AUGUCCAGCAGAAAAAAGACUUUGUUAAAGGUGAUCAUCUUGGGGGACUCCGGGGUCGGAAAGACGUCCCUCAUGCAGCAGUUUGUGAACAAGAAGUUCUCGCACCAGUACAAAGCCACGAUUGGCGCGGAUUUCCUCACAAAGGAGUUGCCCAUCGAUGACAAGACCGUGACGAUGCAGAUAUGGGACACUGCGGGCCAGGAACGGUUCCAGUCGCUUGGUGUAGCGUUCUACCGCGGUGCUGACUGCUGCAUCCUUGUGUACGACGUGAACAACGCCAAGUCGUUCGAGAGCUUGCUGGCGUGGAAGGACGAGUUUUUGAUUCAGGCCAAUGUCAGUCUGCCGGAAACGUUCCCCUUCAUCGUUAUCGGCAACAAGAUCGACAUUGACGAAAACAAGCGCGUCGUGAGCUACAAGAAGGCCGCCCAGGUGUGCCAGCAGUUGGGAAACGUGCCGUACUUCGAAACCAGUGCCAAAGACGGCAUCAAUGUGGAAGAAGCCUUUGACGUGGUUUCUCGAAAUGCCUUGCAGCAGGAGGAGGCCAAUGAUGAGUUUAACGACGACUACAAUGACGCUAUCAACAUCCAUUUGGACGGCGAGGCCGGUAAUUGCACGUGCUAA